AUGCGCGGUCUUCUCUUUCAUGGCUUUCACGGCGUGUUCCCAGAGGAGAACAAGCUGGGCCAGAAGUUCCUGGUUGACGCAACGCUGUUCUGCGGCCCCGCGGGACUCGCGGCGGCAGGGCGCUCUGACGAGCUGCGCGACAGCGUCAACUAUGCGGCCGUCUACAACUCGGUCCAGGAGGUGAUGGAGGGCCCGCCCUUCAAACUGGUGGAGGCCGCAGCGCAGGCCAUCUGCGACCGCGUGCUGGCGCAGGAGCCGCGGGUGUCGGCUGUGCGGGUGGCGGUGCGCAAGCCGCACGUUGCGCUGAGCGGGCCGCUGGAGUCAGUAGGUGCGUCUUGGGUGACUGCAGGGGGUGCGGGCCUCAUGGAGGCGGCCGACAGCUGCGCGCAUGGCAGCGAGGUUGUGACAAAAUGUUGA